AUGCUCAUUAACCAUGACGCAAAUCCAAAUACGACUGAUGAUGAUGGCAGCACACCUCUCCACACGGCAACACAUCGUGGUGAUCCCGAUGUUGUGAGGGUUCUAAUUGAACAUGGAGCAGAUCCAGAUACGGCUGAUUAUGAUCGGAACACACCUCUCCACACGGCAUCAUACAAUGGUUAUCUCGAUGUUGUGGAGACUCUCAUUGAAGGAGGAGCAGAUCUAAACAUGGUUGAUAAUGAUUGGAGCACACCUCUCCACACGGCAUCAUAUAGUGGUCAUCUCGAUGUUGUGGAGACUCUCAUUGAAGAAGGAGCAGAUCUAAACAUGGUUGAUUAUUAUGGCAGCACACCUCUCCACGCGGCAUCAUACAAUGGUCAUCUCGAUGUUGUGGAGACUCUCAUUAACCAUGACGCAGAUCCAAAUACGACUCAUGAUGAUGGCAGCACACCUCUCCACACGGCAACAUAUCGUGGUGAUCCCGAUGUUGUGAGGGUUCUAAUUGAACAUGGAGCAGAUCCAGAUACGGUUGAUUAUGAUCGGAACACACCUCUCCACACGGCAUCAAACAAUGGUCAUCUCGAUGUUGUGGAGACUCUCAUUGAAGGAGGAGCAGAUCUAAACAUGGUUGAUUAUUAUGGCAACACACCUCUCCACACGGCAUUGUUCAAUGGUCACCUCGAUGUUGUAUAUAUUCUCAUUAACCAUGACGCAGAUCCAAAUACGACUCAUGAUGAUGGCAGCACACCUCUCCACAUGGCAUCAUAUCGUGGUCAUCUCGAUGUUGUGGGUGCUCUCAUUGACCACGGAGCAGAUCUUAACAUGGUUGAUAAUGAUCGGAACACACCUCUCCACGCGGCAUUACAUAGUGGUCAUCUCGAUGUUGUGGAGACUCUCAUUAAAGAAGGAGCAGAUCUAAACAUGACUGAUAAAGAUUUGAGCACACCUCUCCACACGGCAUCAUACAAUGGUCACCACGAUGUUGUGGAGACUCUCAUUGAAGAAGGAGCAGAUCUAAACAUGGUUGAUUAUUAUGACAACACACCUCUCCACGCGGCAUCAUACAAUGGUCACCACGAUGUUGUACAGUUUCUCAUUGGCAAAGGAGCAGAUCAAAAUUAG